AUGAAUCCUACAUUUACUUAUAUCCAUUUCCACACUCCGUGCUGGGUGCCUCAAGAUAUUGGAGAAACUAAUGUUGCCAAGUUUCUAAGUUAUGUUAACAAGAAGCAUAGCCUUAGUCUGAAGACGUACGGAGAGCUGCAUCAAUGGUCCGUUGACCCGCUCACUCUACAGGACUUUUGGCGAGAUGCAUACAUCUUUCUUAAACUCGCACCUGAGGACACCAGUCUUUUCCCGCCUCCCACGUUCUUUCCCAGCGAUCAAUUGAACGUUGCGGAAUUGCUGUUGCGCAAAGGUGCCGACGAGAAAGUGGCCAUUCAUUUCGCCAGGGAAAGUGUGUCGGGUAUUGAGGAAGUCACAUGGGGCGAUCUUCGCGUACGAGUGAAGAGAACAAGAGAUGCAAUGACCAACUCAGGCGUUCGUUCCGGGGAUGUGGUUGCGGCUGUGAUUACGAACUCGGUCGAUGCGAUGGUCAUCUGUCUCGCUGCCCUGGCGAUUGGUGCCAUCUGGUCAUCGUCGUCACCUGACUUAGGCCCGGAUGCUAUUUAUGGCCGCUACGGCCAGGUCGACCCCAAGCUAGUCUUUGCAGAUGAUAGUUAUGUAUAUGCUGGAAAGCUGGUGAAGCUCGGCCAUCGGAUCGAACAAUGGGCAGAGAGCCUUCGGCAAACAGGUACCCAGCUACGCAAUGUCGUUGUGAUUGCCAACCGCGGUGUGGAGACAGACGUCUCCAAAAUAUAUCGUGGUUGCACCUAUGAUACGUUUCUCAGUAGAGGUACUGGUCAGGCGCUUGAAUUCCAGCUACUUCCAUUUUCACACCCGGCGUUUAUCCUGUAUUCGUCGGGCACAACUGGUAAGCCGAAAUGCAUAGUCCAUACCGCAGGUGGUGUUGCUUUGAAAGUCCGAACCGACUCAAUCAUUCAGCACGACAUAAGAAGUGAUGAUAUUGUAUUUCAAUACACAACAACAUCAUGGGUCAUGUGGCUAUUGAACUUCAUGAACCUCGCCUCUGGAACUUCGCUGCUUCUGUACGAUGGCUCGCCAUACCAUCCUCAACCUACCAUUCUUUUGGAACUUGCAGAGCGUAUUGGCGUCAGCGUCUUCGGUACAUCUCCUAGAUAUCUUUCCGACCUUCGGGCGCGCUCAAUUGAGCCUCGGAAACAAUUUAAUCUGAACAGCCUUCGCGUAGUGACAUCGACUGGGUCUGUUCUCUCUGAGGAUUUAUACCAUUGGUUUUACUCCCAAGCUUUCCCACCGAAAGCCCAGCUCAUCUCUAUGAGUGGAGGGACAGACAUUGCUGGCUCUUUUGUGGGAGGAACGCCAUUGCUCCCAGUCUUUGCUGGACAAAUACAAUGUAAAGCUUUGGGAAUGGCGGUUGAUAUCUACGACUCGGAAAGUACGGAAACCGUUUCAGUCGAAAAGUCUGGGGCUGCCGGUGAGCUGGUCUGCACCCAGCCCUUCCCGAGCCAGCCUCUUCGAUUCCAUGGGCGGGACGGCCUAGAAAAGUACAAAUCGUCUUACUUUGAACGCUUUGGUCCCAGGGUCUGGUGCCAGGGCGAUUUUAUCCAGUGUCUGGUUGACACUGGAGGUCUACUCAUGCUGGGGAGAUCUGAUGGCGUUCUCAACCCAUCGGGGGUGCGUUUCGGCUCCGCGGAGAUCUAUGCAGUCACCGAGACUUUCCCGGAUAUAUUAGAUGCGAUAUGCGUUGGUCAGAGACGAACGUGCGACAACGACGAACGGGUCCUGCUAUUUUUGAAGAUGAAGCCAGCUUCUUUCUUCACGGAAGACUUUCAGCGGAGGCUUAGGGCUGCGAUCAGGGAGAAGUAUACUCCCCGUCACGUCCCCAAGUACAUCUUCGCCGUGGAAGACAUUCCCUACACAAUCAAUGGCAAGAAAUGUGAGAUCAACGUCAAGCAUAUUGUCGAUGGCCGUGAAGUGGCGGUUAGCAAUACUGUGGCUAAUCCUCAAGCUUUGGAAAUUUACAAGCGUUUCCGGGGUCUUCCGACUGAAGAUCGAAGGACCGGGACCAAGGCAAACUUGUAA